AUGGUCACCACCUUCCACCUCUUCCCCCACCUGCCAUGGGAGAUUCGAUCCCGGAUAUGGGUGCUGACCGUCGAGCCUCGCGAGGUUGAGGUCCGGAGUAAAACCCAGCAUACCAGGCUGACCGACGAACUGGCGGCCAAAUACAAUUUACGCAAUCUGAAAGAUCGGUUCGGGAUCAAAGUUCAUAACUUUUACUCAUCUACCCCAGUGCCUGCCCCUUUACAGGCCUGUCGAGAAGCGCGGAGCCACCUCACGAGACAUGGACGCCAAAACUCGGCGCAUUACACCUACAGGCAGGUCUUCCGCCAGACAGCGCCGCGGGCGGUUCCCAAACUGCCACCUGAACUGUGGCUGGAGCCCAAACUCCGGCUCAAGCUGGGCCUAGACAACGAACCGCGCUACAUCUGGGUGAAUUUCGACGUGGACAUGAUCGACAUCGGUGAAGGCAUGUUCUACGCAUAUGAGCCCUAUUACCUGGAAAUCAAGCGGUUGAAACUCGCGCGGGAGAGCCAUUGCGAGCUCUGGCACGGCCGCUGGUACGAUGGAGAAAUUGGGUGGUUUGCCAAUGCUGAAGAGAUCCACGUCGUCUGUCUGGAAGACUCCCGGCGGGCGAUAGAGUGCUGGGAAGAUGCGCACGAAGAGCACGGUUUCCCCUGCGACAUCGAUAAGCUCUUGCUCAUCGAUCCUAAAAACGGGCGAAGGGUGACAGCAGCUGAGAAUGAUGCCGCGGUCAAGGCGGAACGAUGGGCGAGGUAUAGGGCCAAUGGAGCCUUCAUCAACCCCGAUACUUUGCAACCUUUCGUCCCUUUUCUCCCGGAAGGCUGGUUCGAGGGCCAGGAAGAUUGGGACGCGUAUUAUUGGGAUGAGUAUUACAUGAACCGUAGCUGA